AUGGCGCAAAUGCUCGCGCCUCUGGCCUCUUCCGCUACAGAUUACAAGACCAGUCCUACCUUCGAUCCUCCUCCCACCUCAUUUCCCUACCCGGAACGACCGAAAUCAGAACACAACGACUCCCGUCAAUGCUCAGAAACUACACUGCAUAGUGGGUCACAUACACAGAAUCAAGAGAGUAUCAAAGAGGUUGGACAAGAUGCUGGACAGAAUGGCAACUUCGAAAGGCCGCGCCUUGCUUCGCGCAAGUUCGAGACAGAAGUUAUUAGCCCUACUACCUCGAGGACUUCAGCACCCCUCAGACAGCAUCGGUCCACGGUGAACUACCCGGCUUUACGAAAUACUGAACCUCGAAUAUCUUCGGGCGAGUCGGACACGUCGUUUUCCUCAGAUGAAGACAACAUAGCUGGAAUGCACAGGGUAAAGACUUAUCCCGCUCACAAUGCCCUCUCAAAAUCCCAGCUGAAUCGAGUUCGGACUCACCGGAGGCCGUCUCAUCUGAAGGUAGGAAACGAAUUCUUUCAAUCCCAAGGGAGAGUAGCCAGGGAUGGCAGAUUGAAUAUCUCGGUCAAUGAGACAGCUCAGACAGGCUACCUUGCCAAAGCGCUAGGCGCAACCAUUCGACAUCAGCUGGGUCCCGACUACCAAGAGGAGGCAAAAGUGGCGGACAAGGCUAAGGCUGAUUUCCUCAGAGACAAGCACAACCUUGUCAUUCCUUCGAUGAACAUAGUAAUUAUGGUCAUUGGUAGCCGUGGCGACAUUCAGCCCUUUUUGAAAAUCGGGAAGAUUCUGAAAGACAAGUACCACCACAGGGUACGGAUUGCAUCGCACCCUACCUUCAAGCAGUUCGUUGAGAAGGAAGUUGGUCUCGAAUUCUUUUCUGUGGGUGGAGAUCCCUCCGAACUGAUGGCAUUCAUGGUCAAAAAUCCUGGGUUGAUACCGACGCUUGAGACUGUCAAGUCCGGAGAAAUAGGCAAAAGGCGUGAGUCGAUGUAUCAAAUGUUCCAAGGGUUUUGGAGGGCGUGCAUCAAUGCUACCGACGACGAAAUGGACGUGGCGAACCUGGAGUUAAUGCGCUCGAAGCCUCCUUUUGUUGCCGAUGCCAUCAUUGCCAAUCCGCCUUCUUUCGCUCAUUAUCACUGCGCAGAGAGACUGAGUAUCCCGCUACACUUGGUCUUUACCUUUCCUUAUUCCCCUACGCAAGCGUUUCCUCACCCGCUGGCCAAUAUCAAGGCUUCCAAUGUGGACCAGAGGUACACCAACUUCAUGAGUUAUCCCUUGGUCGAUCUGAUGACAUGGCAGGGACUGGGCGACUUGAUCAACCGAUUCCGUGCCCAAACUUUAGGAUUGGAACCUGUUUCAACUCUCUGGGCUCCUGGUCAACUCUCUCGUCUCAAGGUUCCGGUAACAUAUCUCUGGUCGCCGGGCCUGGUGCCGAAGCCUCAGGACUGGGGUCCCGAGAUAGACAUCGCAGGCUACGUCUUCUUGGAUCUGGCCACCUCUUACAAUCCUCCAAAAGAUCUAGUGAAGUUUCUCGAGAGAUCAGAUGAAAGGCCGAUUGUUUACAUAGGUUUUGGCUCAAUCUCGGGAAUCAGCGACCCGGGGGCAUUCACGAAGAUGGUUUUCGAGGCAGUCGAGAAGGCUGGUGUUCGUGCUGUGGUCAGCAGAGGAUGGGGCGGUAUGGGGGAUGGUAUGGACAAGCCCGACGGCAUCUUCCUGAUUGACAAUGUACCCCACGACUGGCUUUUUCCACGUGUUGACGCAGUGGUCCACCACGGUGGUGCUGGAACCACAGCUGCGGGGCUGAGGUUCGGCAAGCCAACAAUGAUCGUUCCCUUCUUUGGAGAUCAGCCUUUCUGGAGUGCGAUGGUCGCAAGAGCGGGUGCGGGUGCGAAAGAGGCAUUACCUCUGAAGAAACUUGACAGCGACAAAUUCGCUGAGGGGAUUCGUCAGUGCCUCGAGCCCGAAGCCAGAGCCAAAGCGGAAGCCAUUGCUCAAAGCAUUCAAGAGGAAGGCGAUGGGGCAGAGAACGCGGUGGACUCUUUUCACCGCCACCUAAAUCUCGAUGGUCCCUAUUCGAUGCGUUGUAGCAUCUUCCCAGAUCGCGUUGCCGUGUGGCAGACUAAGCACGCCAAUACACGACUGUCGGCACUGGCAGCGAAUCUGCUGGUGGAAAGUAAACAGAUAAACUGGUCCAAUUUGGAGUUGGCCAAAAACCAUGAGUGGACGGACUUUCAAGGACCUGGGGAGCCUAUUACCGGUGCCGGCGGCGUGCUCGUUCAAGCUUUCCAAGAAGCAUUUCGUGGUCUGAUGACGAUGCAUGAGACGACGAAACGAGACAUCAAACACUACGAGAAGCGCAGGCGCAGGCAAAAGCAAAAAUCAGCAAUUGAAGGACUGACCCUGCCAGGACGGAUUGCGUUGGCCACGCGUGGCACGUCAGUUGACGAGCAGAGGAGAGAGCAUGCAAGGCUCAUGCAACAGGUCAAUUUCCAUGGAGAGCCAGAGCCAAUGAAGUUGCCCUUUGGUCAAUCCGGACUCAACCAGUCCAUCGCUAGGGAUGCCUCGAAGUUGUCCAGGACCACAACAACAAAUUCGGAUCGCACUGACCCAAUGGUCGUGAUCUUGAAAGAUGUGGGAAAGGGGAUCGGCCACUCCAGCAAAGCCAUUGCAGUACUUCCUUUGCAAAUGUGGAAUGCCCUGGCUCUUGGAUUUCACAACGCACCCCGGUUGUAUGGCGACAAAACCGUGCGGCCUUCUCCGCAAGGGAUCAACGGAUUUCGCGCGGGGCUGGAGGUGGCGGGCAAGGAGUUUUGGUUCGGGCUUUACGACGGAGUGACAGGUGUCGUCCGCAUUCCCUACCUCGACGUCCAGGAGGAUGGGAUGUCGGCGUUGCCCAAAGGCAUUGCGCGAGGCAUUGGCGGGUUGGUGUUGAAGCCUAUCUCGGGUUUGCUUGGUCUAGGAGCGUACACAGCGAAAGGAGUCCACAGCAGUGUUCGACGACGAGUGCGAGAUACCCAGAAGACUGAGCGAUGGAUCCAGCAUGCGAGAAUCGCGCAGGGGCACAGAGAAGCUCAGAUGUUGGAAGAGCGGAAACAGGGCAGCUCUGAGUUACCCCAACCACACUGUCCCAUGCUGCCCGACCUUACAGAGGCUCGCAAACAUGCACUGCACCUGUGGACGAUGUAUGAGAAGGACAGGAUGACAGAGGAACGGGAAAAAGAAAAGCGGCUGCUUCUACUGAACAAGACGCGCGGUGAAAAGACUUGA